UUUGUGGACUGACUAUACUUUGAAUUAAAAAAAAAUCAUGGUUAAAUGCACUCAUUGUAAGUCGCUGAAAUGUAAUGUGUGUGUGUUUGUGUGUGUGCAUGUGUGUGUGUGCGUGCGUCUGUGUGAUAUGGACAAAAAAGUGUGAGCAAAUAAAGACGUAACACAAAGUGUUGUAUCCUGGGGUCAAAUGUGGGAGUCACAUGACUGAAACCAGGAAAUAGAGAAGUGACAUUGAUCCACAGUCACUUCCUAUAUCUUCACAGUGGAGCAGGCUUCAAUCAACGGACUGAUCCAGGAUGGAAAAAGACGGCGUGGAAGACGAGAUCGCCACAAUUCAGGUCUGUCAGAGUGGAAUCUCUGUGGAACUCUUCCUGCACCUGUCACUCAUACCUGCAGUGUUGAUUGUAGCGGUGCUGUCCUUCCUCCAGAAGAGAGCAUACAGCCUGGCCAUCGACCGCAGACUGCCCUUCCUCGGGGGACGUUUUGGCAUCGUGGUGCCUUUGGAUACUAUAGGCAGCCUCAGUAACCGUUGGUCCUAUGGGUUUGCUUUUGGUGCAGUUUCCAGCAGCGUCCUGCUGCUCUUCUCUGAAAGUUACAUCCCCUUCACCCUCCCAGCCUGGGCUCGAGCUCUCGUGUACCUGGUUGGAGCUUUAGAAGUGGGCAUGGUGUAUUUCCCUUUCUUUGCUUGUCUGUCCACGCCUUUCCGAACAGUUGGUGCUGUGCUGGGGAUACUCUACUCUCUGUCCUGGAUCAUCAUCACAGUGUGGGACACGUUCACCUGUCCUGAUGGUAAGAUUUUAGGUCCAUACCAGAAGGUGAUCAUCCAGUGGCCGUGCAUCCUCUCUCUCAUCUUCCUCUUGGGACGGUUUUUUUACAUUCUGGUUAAAGGUGUUCGAAUACGGCUGCAUUUGGAACAGGAGGACCCUGAGGAGCUGAUUGGGCAACACCAGGUGCAGCAUGUGAAGGGACUGCUGAGGAAAGCACCAGCACACAGUGAACCACUCAGCUGGUUCCAGAGGCGGGUGUAUGAGUGGGACCCGCACUUCAAGUUCCCCAACAGGAUCAUUGGCACUUCCAUUAUAUCCCUCAUAGGCCUUUAUACGAUGACUAUCGCAGACUACACUCUCAGUAAUGUGGCUUUUGGCCAAGUGGACAGGUGGAAGAACACAUUGCAGCAACUGGUUUCUUCUUGUAACCAGACUGAGGCUCUGGGAGCCAUGAUACCACAGCUGGAAGAAUUCAUUGACGUGGCUCGGAAGUCUUGGCUAGCUACCACCAUCUUUGCUAGUCUCAACUCUGUUGGGUACACUUUCCAUGUAUUGGCAUGUUACAGGAAACACUUGAAGAGACUGUGGAGGGGGCAAAAGGGUUUUAUUCCUGAGAAGUUUCACAAACCCAGUUCGGCUGUCAGCGUAGCUUCAAUUGCAAGAUACUCUGGAUGGCAAAUCGCGUUUACACUGUGGGGCUAUCUGAUUGUCCAUUUUGUCCACUUCCUGAUGGCCCUGCUCGUGGCCUAUGUGCUGGUUAUCCCCAUACAGCAUGGGAGACAACUGAUUAUGCUCACCAACCUUGGAAUCAUUGUUCUCACCAUCGGCCUGGUAAUCGGCCUGGUGAUUCUCCAGAUUCUUCUGGUGCAGAUCUUCUUCCUCCAGGACAAAAUAUCUCCGACAGACAAAGACAAACCUCUGGCUCUUAACAACAGAAAGGCAUUCCACUGCUUCAACUACUUCUUCUUUUUCUACAACGUGGUGAUGGGGAUCAGCAACUGCAUCAUGAGGCUGCUGUGCAGCAUCUUUGUAGGAACGUGGCUGGUGUCACGCAUAGACCGAACCAUCAUGCAGAGAGGAUAUGAAAGCAUGGAUGCUGGCUACAGUACUUGGAUUGGGAUGAUCUUUGCUGACCACUAUCAUAACAAUCCAGUCAUGGUGUGUUUCUGUCAGCUGCUCGUCUCCAACAAGCUGGAGAGACACAAGGCUUCUGUAUACUCCACAUUCAACAACAUGCCAUCUGAACCCCCUGUUAACAGUAAGGCCAGGAGGCGCUGGAUGUUGUUUUACACUUUGCUGAGAAACCCUCAUCUGAUCCUGCUCAGAAAGCAGCACCUCUCCUCAUCCUCGUUGUUACGGACAUCUUCAUCUCCCCAGGCAGACAUGGUGGUGCGGGCUUGGGUCAUGGCCUCACUAACGCAGCCAAGCCAAGUGGCAUCACAGUCCCUGCCAGAGGUCCCAGUCACUCCAGCAGUGGAAUGUUGAAGAACCAUUUCCAUUGAUUCUUAUUCAUAAAAUGAAGGCUUGUCGUCUCACAGUACAAUCAGACUGAUUUGACUUGGUUAAUGUGAUCACAGGUUGAUUUCAUCUUUCUACUCGCCAUAUAAUGAUAGUGUGAUAACCGGUACUAGAGAUUAAUUGUAUGCAGUUGUAAGAUUUAAAUAUGCGUUGUUGUUUUUGAGAAAACUUGCGCUUUAUGUGUUCUUGUCUCUAGUUUUCAAAUGUCAGUUUAUACCAUAGACUAUAGAAAAAUCUGCUGGCAAAAAAAGAAUCAAGUCAAAUUUCAACUGAUGUCUUGUCUAUAAAUAGUCAGAGGUAAAUGUGAACCAUUGUACAUAAUCAUAACAACUUCUGUAACAUAUGUUCUAGAAGUGGACAUAGAGGUACAGCUGGCCAAUUCUUUGAUACUAGUUUUUAUUUUAAUUAUAAUCAGCUGCAUCACACAGAUAUUCUGCUUAUCGUUUGAGUAUGUGCAAUACAGAUCUAACUGGAUAGCUUCUGCAUAAUAAUAAUAAACUUUAUGUGGUGACAACUGUAAGAAAUUCACAUUGCAAAGAGCUUUACCGUAUAAAACAGACUCGUCAUAAAAUCUGCAGAUAUCUGGCCUGUGCUAACAAAAGGCAAAAACUAACUCUUAAGAAGCUUCUACUGUGCAUUUGAAAGUUGAAAAUGUGAAUAUGUUGGGGAAAAAAAGUGAAAUAAAAAGCUAAAUGGUCAAAGUUGCAUCACAGGACUUAAAAUGGA